GCUUUCUCGAACUCCGACGGAAGGCAGCUGUACCGCUUUGUCAUUGUUCCGUUGGUAGUGCUCUCCAGCUGUCUUCUCAUGCUGCCGGGCAGUAUUCCAGUAUUUCUGCUACUGGACUCGGUUACAAAGUCAAGAAAAGUACGAUAUGUACUUGGAACGAGGGCAGAACAGCGAGAAGGGAGGAAGGUUAAGACUGGUUAAGAUGAGAACCCGAUGUACGUCAAUUCAAUGAAUUUCUAUCAUUGAUGGCCAAAAUUCUAAAUUCUCCAAUUCUUUGCGUCCCACGACAUCAAUGCGGCGAUAUCUCCUGUGUGUUGCAUUUUGCAGAUCUAGAUCGAUAGCCGGCUGCUGUGCAUUUCCUUCCUCGAGGUAUAUAACCCUCUCAGAACCAAACUGCCCAUCCCUCUUGGUGCCGCAGUCAUGGCGUCCACAGGGAGUCUGUUUCUCCGCCAAUUUACAAUACUGUGCUGGAAGAACUGGAUAGUUCUCUCUAAACAUUCCUUCUUGAACAUCCUGCGUUGCUUGUUGUUACCGAUCGGUUACGGAAUUUUUCUUGCCGUUGCACAGACAUUCCUCAUAAAGCCAAACAAUUACGGUUUUGGCUCUCCGAUCUCGGUCUACAACCUCAAUAAUCAGUUUGACGGCUCUCUAUCUUUAAUAUGGGCUGAUGGAACCAAUGGUACCGGAACACCCUCUGCGGAACAAGUCAUGGCUCGCAUCACCACUAACUUCACCCCGAGUCAACUCCAAGCGGUCAGGCAGGUUGCGACUCCCGCAGACAUUCCAUCCCAAUGUCCACAAAACUUCAACCUCUUCUCUGAGUGCUUUGCUGCUAUUUCCUUUAAUAUCCUUCCAAUGAAUGCAACGGACACGACUCCAAUCAACUACACUAUAAGUGCAGAUGGUGGACUUGGCUACAUCGAUGUGUUUAGUCAUACAAGCUCAUUCGAGACACGUAUCCUACCCUUACAAUGGGCAAUAGACCAGGCAAUCAUCGAGCUUAGAUCUGGACAGGCAGUACCCACUCCUAUGGAAUGGCCUUUUAAUCAGGAAACCAACCAACAACAGGCCACGAAUACUAGACUUAGUUUUAUUAGAGGCAUCCGGACUCUUCUUGUUAUUGCACUGUUUAUUUGUUAUAUCGGGAUUGCGUACCAUCUCCCAGGGGCUUUCACCGGCGAGAGAGCCAAUCUUCUGACCAGCCACAUGAAGGCUAUGGGUUUACUUGAUACUGCCAGAAUAGCAUCGUGGCAUAUUAGUAUCUCUCUAGCAUAUCUUCCCGCAUGGGUCAUCGUUUCUAUUAUAUGGCACUUCCGAAUUUUCACCGGCACUAACGUCGGCCUGGUGCUUAUUGUCCAUCUUCUAUUGGGAUUCUCGUUUGCUAGUUGGUCCUUCUUCGUCGCAGCUCCUUUUGGCAAGAGUCCUCAGCUUGCGGCCGUGGCAACUACGUUCCUCGGUAUCAUGUUUGCUAUCCUCGCGCUGGUCUUCAGCAGAGCCAGCACCGUGGCGGCGACUAUUUUUACUUUAAUCUUCCCGCCUGGAUACUACAUAUUCGCAAUUCGUGCCAUCUGUGGCUGGGAAAACCACCAGAUUCCGACUAAUAUUAUAAAACCCGAUCCGGACAGCCACCUAACGUUGUUGCCCUUGAUCAUUGCCGCGAUUAUUGACGUGUUCCUAUGGCCAUACUUGGGUAACCUGCUUGAGAGGAGGCUCUAUGAUGCCAGAGAGCCGUCCUCAGGCUUUUGGUCAUGCUGUCGCAGGCAGAAAAAGGCUCCCUUACCUCCGCAUCCUGAGGGAGUUGCGAUUUCUGUCAAGAAUUUAAGCAAGACAUUUUCCCCUUCCAUGUUCCACCGUGAGAAGCGACCGGUCACUGCCAUCGCAGAUUUGUCUCUCGAUGUCCCAAAGUCCGGUAUCUUCGUUCUUCUGGGAUCAAACGGCGCCGGAAAGUCAACGGCAUUAUCAAUCAUUGGAGAUCUCCUGGGGCGCAGCACAGGAACUGUCACCUUUGAGGGCGGUGUCUCUCGUCCUCCCCGCGGAACGCUUGGCAUUGUGCCUCAGAAAAAUGUGAUAUUCCCCGAACUGUCUUGUUACCAAACUCUCCGCGUAUGGCGCGCAGUGAAGCAUUCUGCUCAAUCGAUAGACGUUGACGAAGAUUUCGAGCAGCUACUGCGUGACUGCGAUCUUGGCAAAAAGAUCCACGCCAAUGCCAGCACUCUCUCGGGUGGUCAGAAGCGCAAGCUGCAGCUCGCUAUUGGACUUGUUGGAGGCUCUAAGAUUGUCUUGGUGGAUGAAUGUACAUCCGGCGUCGAUCCAUUAUCCCGUCGGGCGUUAUGGAGGACUUUGACAUCUGUUCGCCAUGACCGGACUAUCGUGUUCACAACUCAUUUCUUGGACGAAGCGGAUCUGUUGGCUGAUAACAUAGCUAUCCUGGCUGCGCCAGGCAAGCUGGUAGCUGAGGGCACCCCUGUCGCUCUCAAGUCAAAUCUCGGACAGGGAUACAGCGUCCAAGUCAUGUUCGACUUCCCUGAUUUGACUGAGAAGAACCUUCCAACAGCACCCUCGGAAGCUUUGGAUCGUAUUCGUCAAGUGUGUCCCCAGUGUUCCAUGUCGCUUUCCUCGCCGAGCCAGGCUUCAUACCACCUCAAGUCGAAAGAUUCCGCGGUUGUGGAGAAGGUCCUUCAGCUGUUGGAUAAGGAGCGCAAUUCUCUCCGCGUCGCGUCCUACGAUGUAUUGGGGACGUCUAUUGAAGAUAUUUUCCUAGAUCUCAUGGCCCAACAAACUCGUAGCCCCUCUCCCGACGGCACCGAGAAGUCCAUCUCAAGUUCAGGUGGUGUUUCUGAGCCCAUCGUGGCUGAGUUGACCGACGGCCCACCGGCUCCAACCAAAGUCCUCCAGCUUACAGAUGGGCGACCUCGUUCUCCUCUUAGCCAGGCUUUGACGAUUUUCUAUAAGCGUGCAUUGAUCGCUCGGAGGAGUUGGUUGACACCGUUGUUGGUCGUGCUCAUCGCGGUUUGCGGUUCGUGCAUCCCGCUAGUCUUCCUGUCUGGCCAGGCGACAACUUGUACCCUCCAGUUCAAGAACGAGAUCGUCAUUCCUUUGUACUUCCCAGAAUCGCCUAUCUACCUUCUAUCAACUGGACCUGGCAGGCAGAUAUUGGAGUCACCCCCGAACAUCAUCGCGACUCUUGGAAAAAAUGCCAGUUUCUUGAAAACGGAGAACAUCCCCGAUAAUACUACCUUCGUCUCGACGAUUACACAGAACUACCUAAACUUGGCGUUUGGUGGGAUAUCGAUAGAUAUGCAGACGGGUGAUUCGUUAGUCGCAUGGGAGGCAAGCCCGCCUGGUUUCACUGGUCCGACCAUGAUGAAUCUCGCGACAAAUAUACUGUACAAUCGGGCAUUGAACGCGUCUGGGAAAGCUGCAAGCACACCGAGCCUUAUUUUCGGCAACUAUGCUGCUUUCCCUCAUCUUGCUGCAGGGACCUUGGUUGAUCUCAAGUGGGUGGCGUUUUUCGGAGCGGCUAUGGCUGUCUUCCCUGCGUUUUUCUCCCUCUAUGUCUCUAGAGAGCGAAGAUCGGCGGUGCAAGCCAUGCAGCUGUCGAACGGUCUUUCAGAUCCUAUUGGACUUUGGAUUGGUCACCUCCUGUGGGACUCGAUAUUCUCUGUGACACUGGCUACGAUCAUCAUCAUCAUCUUCGCGAUCGUUUCGAAUCAGUUCAACGGCCUUGGUUUCUUCUGGGUCAUCCUCGUUUUGUAUGGCAUCGUUGGCGCGUUAUUCGCGUACUGCGUAUCGUUGUUCAUGUCGUCACCGCUGUCCUCUUUCGCAGCAGUGGCAGGGUACCAAAUCGUCAUGUAUAUCUUGUACCUGGGUGGAUAUCUCCUGACGCUGACUUACGCGACGACGUCUCAAUCUGGUGGCAUCAUCACGAUUAUCCACUUCACGCUUUCAGUCUUGUCGCCGGUGGCUAGCGUCAUGCGUGCAGCCUUCGUGUCAGUGAAUCUCUUCUCAUUGCUUUGCGACGGCACGACUCCCGUGACAACGUCGUCGCUUGGUGACAUUAUGAGAUAUGGAGGUCCCAUCCUCUAUCUCUUUGUAUAUGGCUUCAUCCUGUUCGGUAUUCUCGUAUGGGUCGAUUCUGGGUCAAUCAUCCCUCGUCGAUUCCUCAACACCAGGAGACGGCAAGUACGAAUGGACGCAUUGCAGGCAAACUUUGAGGCCAACAGACAAGACGUUGCCGCUGAAGCGCAUGCGGUGGCACACUCCAGUGAUGCGCUGCGUCUUCUCCAUCUUACCAAGACAUUCGAAGGCAAUAAAGUUGUCGAUGACGUGUCGUACGGGGUGUCUCGGGAUACUAUUUUUGCCAUGCUUGGGCCUAAUGGUGCUGGCAAAACUACGACAUUCAAUAUGAUUCGUGGCGAUAUCGUUCCGGACAUGGGAGAUGUAUUGAUCAAGGGGAUAUCAGUGUUAACCUCUCCGAGGACCGCACGUCUAUCUUUGGGAGUCUGCCCACAGUUUACUGCGAUUGAUUCUCAGUUGACUGUUCGGGAACAUCUCAUGAUCUACGGACGGCUGAAGGGCCUGAACAGGGGGUAUGAAUUGAAGACAGAUGUCGAGGCACUCAUGGUUGCUACAUCAUUGCAUGUAUAUGCUGACCGUCUGGCGAGCCAAUUGUCGGGCGGGAAUCAGCGCAAGCUUUCUCUUGCUAUCGCUCUCAUCGGUAACCCCUCCGUUGUUCUCAUUGACGAGUUCUCUACGGGGAUAGAUGCGAAAAUGAAGAGAGACAUGUGGGGCACUCUCAGAAACGUCGCUGUCGGAAAGGCAAUUGUUAUUACGACACAUUCCAUGGAAGAAGCUUCAGCCUUAGCAAAUAAGGUUGGCAUCAUCUCUAAACAAUUGCUGGCUGUGGGUACAAUCGACAACCUGGUCUCACGAUAUGCCACGUACCAAGUGCAUUUCUCUUGUCCGACACGAGAGGACGCGACUAGAGCUCAGGUUCUCAUGAGUCGGAUACCAGGCUCUCGUUUAGCCGACGAUGUUGCCACGCGCUUCGAAGUUCCUAUACAAGAAGGCACCGGGCUCACGCUUGCGCAGCUCUUCCAUGUUCUCUCGUCCCAGGGUGAUUUCCAGGAGUAUAGUGUAGAAAAGGCAACACUGGAGAGCGUGUUCUUGAAAGUUAUUAGAGGGAAUAAUGUUGUGGAGGAAGAUAAUUCCCCUGGGAGACGCCGGAGGUUUUGGUUGUGGUAGGGCUGUGAGGUGCCCUGUUUGACGUUUAAUGAUUUGUUGUAGAUUGGACUGACUCUUGCACGUAUUUCGACAUGGACAAUUUAUGCAUACGGUGACGAUUAAUAGCACUUGUUGUAUCUUUAUGACCUUUGCCAACACUGUGGUUGCCUAAGGUGUUUCUGGGUGUUCAAGACAAGGAUUUCG